UCUCCCACUCAUUUACAGAUUUGGGGCUGUAUGUGGUGACGGCUGUGGGUUUCUUCGGGUCUAUAGAAUAAAAAAACACGAUAUAAACGGAUUCUGGAGUAAAUGGGGAAAUAUUUACUCUCAGUUUUCAAGUUACUUGUCUAAAUAUCGAAUAUUAACAUUAUUUUUGUAUUAUUUGUCGUGUCUGUACCGCUAUCAGCACUGAAGGAAAAUGGAGACAUUGGUCAGUCGAUAUCAAGUGUUGCGCAACGAGGACGACUCCUCCGAAACGACACCCGCCAGCCAGCCGUCCGCCGAGGCCGCCGCAGCCAGCGACCCGGUCGCCGUGACUACAGUGGCCGAGGCCCCGCCUCCUUCCUACGCCAGCCUGGCGCUGGGAGCCACGGCCGCCCCAGAGAACCCCUUUUCGGGGGAUUUCCCGGUCCCGCCCCCGUACAGCGUGGCCACGUCGCUGCCCACCUACGACGAGGUGGAGAAAGCUAAAGCUGCAGAGCUGGCCGCCUCCAGCGUGGACACCAUACCACGGGACGAGGAUUUUCCAGCGCGGGAGGACUUCAGUGACGCCGAUCAGCUGCGGGUGGGGAACGACGGGAUCUUCAUGCUGGCGUUCUUCAUGUCCUUCCUGUUUAACUGGAUCGGAUUCUGUCUGUCCUUCUGUCUGACCAACACCAUCGCCGGGCGCUAUGGCGCCAUCUGCGGGUUCGGCCUGUCGCUCAUCAAGUGGAUCCUCAUCGUGAGGUUCUCUGAUUAUUUCACCGGCUACUUUAACGGUCAGUACUGGCUCUGGUGGAUAUUCCUGGUUCUCGGUCUCCUGCUCUUCUUUAAAGGUUUUGUAAACUAUCUGAAGGUGAGGAACCUGUCUGAGAGCAUCACCAGCACACAGAGAACUCGCUUCUUCUUCCUCUAUUAGAGGAUUUCCUGAACAUUCCCUCCAUUGCACAAGAAACUAAAGUGAAGGAGACGAAGGAGCGAGAGAACAAAACAGAGCCAUCACCCAUCACCCCCCCCACGCCCCCAUCAUCCACCCCCCCCCCCCACACAACCCCCGCCCCGCCCGAUUCACUGAAGCAUCGUUUCACCUCUGCUGUUCUUCACUUUCUUAAUCUUUUCUCAUAGCUUGUUAGCUUAACCAGCGAGCGCCGCAUAACCGACCACGACCUGCACGCUGAACCCUACAACUGAACCAGUACAUUUACCCGCCGAGGCGUCGCUAUGCAACCUUUAUAUUCUGUGGUUAGAGACGCGGCCGCUGAGCGUCGGCCCCCAGCGCUUUUACUCCUUCAGGACCUGGUGAACUUUAUCUCUGUGUUCUGAUUUAAUCCUUUCAUUCUGUAACGUUCGUUAUUGUUCGUUAGUUUUGCACAAUUACUGAGAAACUUUGUGAAUUAUUGCUAGCUUAAGUGUGUUCAUUAGCGUCUGGGCAGACUGGAUCAUGAUUGGUUGACCGAGAGGGGGCGGGACUUGAGAAACGUUAGCCACAGAGCUGGCGGAAAUUACUCUGCUUGCUCAUGAGCCGCUGACCAAUCCUGGCACUCGAUUGGUUCUUAUUUUUUUUACUACGUUAUCUAGCUACCUGACAUUUGGUAAUUCAGGUGCUAAUGGUUAGCUGCGGUACAUUAGCUUUGGCUUAUUCAUUUUGUAGCCACAGAGCUACAUAUAAUAGUACGCUAAAGAUAAAACAAUAUGCUAUCCAGAUUUUUCCUGCUUAAUUUCCUUUAAUUAAAUACGUAAAUACACAUUGUGCCAUGAAAUUAAGUAGCUGUGAUGUUUUUCUAGCUAGCUAUUAACCGAAAAUCACAGGUCAAACAUGAAUUCGCAGAAACUGGAGCGAAAGUCCCGCCUCCGCUCCGUCCGAUUGGUCACGCACGAUGAUCUUCGUUAAUGUUCCGUUUGGUUUUGCACUUUAUUUGAUCGUCGAUUGUUGUUCCGAUGUUUUUUUUAAUCGCUUUAAAUCUGCCGAAGCCGUCAGGCGGGAUUAGACUAGCCUAGCGUAGGAGGUCUGGAGCGCCCCGAGCGCUGCGCUUAUCCUCUCAGCAAUAGCGGAUGUUUAAUAGCGUAACUAGCUGCAUGGUUCGCGCGGCUGUGCCAUCCUAAAUAGAAUAACGACGCGAGAUCUGACAAACCUUUUUGAAAUAACGAGUCGUAAUUACAUGUGAUUAUUUUUUUGGGGUACGUGAUCGUGAGCGCGCUCCGGUUCCGGAGACGAGCGUGUGUGUGUGUGUGUGUGUGUACGAGGUGUGAAUAAUUACCUGUGUGUUCUGCUAAAAUGCCAAUAAAAUUCCAGACGAACCCAUGAA